CUGAGUCGAUUUCAACCAAAGAGAGAGAAUGCCAAGCCUCGUUGCCAUCCUAAAAAUCGACCAUGUUCUGAUUACAAACCGCUCCGCUAAGAAAAAGUACACGUUACAAAAGAUGACCGUUACUUGAAAUCACGCAGACCCUCCGUUCUUGAUUUCCACCGCCUUUCCACCGCCUCGAUACAAGAGAAUAUGGAGCGUCUCAACUCGCGGAGUUCGGAAUUCGCGGCUUUCGCUCAUGAUGCUCGCCUCGAGGACGAGCGCAGGUUCGCUGUCGAUCCUCCUCCACCCGGCAUUCUCUCGUAGAGUAAAAUCCUUGAUCUAGGGUUUCCGCUUCGGGAACGGCCAUCGAAUCCGAGGUUCUUAGCGAGCGUUUCUUGCCUUUUUUGAGUCUUCCCAGAUGCGAAUUGGGCUCGAGGGUGGUCUCGCCGGAGUCGGAGAGGGCGGAGAGAGAUCCGGCGUUCGUGGUGGAAGUUCGUGCCAAGAAAAACGGUGGCCGAGAGGAGCUAAAGGCCGAGAAAUGAUGGGUUAUUUGAAGCUAAAGAAGAAAGAAUUGAUAUUAUGUGGUGGACCUAAGCACAGAGAUCGCUUUACGUGUUAGAGUUUCCAACCGGACGGGACAUCUGUUGCAAGGCCUAACAUGGCGGCGGUUCCAGCUCUCGCGGCAUAUAAAAUCUUGUUCGCCACAUUGGGUUGCUUCAUGGUUGUCACGCUCAUCUACACUCUCGCUACCGACGGCUCUCCUUUCCGCGUCGAGCUCUUGACCCCGUGGAUGGAUGCAACUUUGGUUGACUUUUAUGUUAAUGUGGUGGCUAUAGUGGUUUGGGUUGCCUACAGAGAAUCAAAAUGGCUCAAUACGGUAUUAUGGGUAGUUCUGUUAACAUGUUUUGGCAGCAUAGCAACAUGUGCAUAUAUUGUCAAGAAACUAUUCACCAUUUCUUCUGCGGAUGUAAAAGAUCCCGUGAGUCAUGUCUUGUUGAGGAAUGAUGAUGAACAUAAGUUAAAGUUCUCCUUUGUCAUGUUUGGAAGAAUUCUUUUCAGCAUCUUGGGCGUGCUUGUAUUGGCAACUGUCGUAUAUACUAUCAUUAUUGAUGGCUUUCCUUUUCGGAAGGAGUUGUUGACACCGUGGAUGGCUGCAACCUUGAUUGACUUUUAUAUAAAUGUUGUUGCUAUAUCAGUGUGGAUUGCUUACAAGGAAUCAACAUGGAUAAGUGCAUUAAUUUGGAUUGGUUUGUUAAUAUGUUUUGGCAGCAUUGCUACGUGUGCGUACAUCGUUCUUCAGCUUUUCCAGCUCUCUUAUCAAGACUCAAUGUACCAUAUUUUGUUGGACUCGCACAGCAAGCAUGGAAGUACAUCCUCCAAGUAAAACACGAAGUCACGAACUCGUGUUUUAUUGUACCAAUACCAUCCACCUGAGCACUUUUGUGUAUUAACCGGACAUCCAUGGUUGUUCCAUAAACCUUGUAAUGCUUGUCAUAUUGUCAUACAACUAUCAACUUGAACUUGUAUUUACAUACAAAAUUCAUUUUUAGCCAGUUACUAUGAUCCAAAAUGUAAAAAAAUUGACUGCAUGAGUAUGGUAACCAAGAAUACUUUCACUUGA